AUGUGCACUAACACCAUGCAAACAGCCUAAAGUUGUGCACUUCACGUGAAAAGAAAUAUGUCGUCGAUCCGUUUGUCUUUGGCUGGACGAAAAUGCUGCUUUGACAGCGGACUGAGCGGAUAAACGGGACUGAGUGACGGCUCGUCGCGGCGGUGAAUGAAGACGCAUCAGCCGCUCGCUCUGAAGCAAAACACGUCCGAACAUGGCUGACAGAACAGCUCCGAACUGUCAUCUGCGACUGGAGUGGGUUUACGGCUACCGGGGCCACCAGUGCCGCAACAACCUGUACUACACGGCCGCCAAGGAGAUCGUCUACUUCGUCGCCGGCGUCGGAGUUGUGUACAACACACGGGAACACAAGCAGAAAUUUUAUUUGGGACACAACGAUGACAUAAUCAGUUUAGCGCUGCAUCCAGAGCGAGUGCUGGUGGCCACAGGACAGGUGGGCAAGGAGCCUUAUAUCUGUGUGUGGGACUCCUACACUGUACAGACAGUGUCCAUACUGAAGGACAUGCAUACACACGGUAUCGCCUGUCUUGCCUUCAACCUAGACGGUCAGUGUUUGGUGUCUGUGGGUUUGGAUUCAAAGAACACAAUCUGUGUUUGGGACUGGAGACGGGGGAAAGUUCUGGCUGCUGCUCCUGGUCAUACGGACAGGAUAUUUGACAUAUCAUGGGACCUGUAUCAGCAAAGCAAGCUGGUGAGCUGUGGAGUCAAACAUAUCAAGUUUUGGAGUCUGUGCGGGAACGCUCUGACCCCUAAGCGUGGCGUGUUUGGGAAGACCGCAGACCUGCAGACGAUCCUCUGUCUGGCCUGCGCAAGAGACGAGAUUACAUAUUCAGGUGCUUUGAACGGAGACAUCUACGUCUGGAAGGGAAUCAAUUUAAUCCGGACAGUUCAAGGAGCUCAUGGGUCAGGGAUUUUCAGCAUGAAUGCGUGUGAGGAAGGCUUUGCCACUGGAGGCAGGGAUGGCUGCAUCAGGUUGUGGGACCUGAACUUCAAACCCAUCACCGUCAUUGACCUCAGGGAAACAGACCAGGGAUAUAAGGGCCUGUCAGUGCGUAGUGUGUGCUGGAGAGGCGAUCAUAUUCUGGUGGGCACACAGGACAGCGAGAUUUUUGAGGUAGUGGUACAUGAUCGCACCAAGCCCUUCCUCAUCAUGCAGGGUCACUGUGAGGGUGAGCUAUGGGCCCUGGCGGUUCAUCCCACAAAACCCCUUGCCAUGACAGGCAGCGACGACCGCUCUGUUCGGAUCUGGAGUCUCAUUGAUCAUGCCCUCAUAGCACGUUGCAACAUGGAGGAGCCUAUACGCUGUGCAGCCAUUAGUACGGACGGUAUCCACCUGGCUCUGGGCAUGAAAGACGGAUCCUUCACCAUACUGAGAAUCAGGGAUAUGACAGAGGUGGUGCACAUAAAGGACCGUAAAGAGGCUAUCCACGAACUGAAGUACUCCCCUGAUGGAGCGCAAUUAGCUGUGGGCUCUAACGAUAACUCGGUGGAUAUCUACGGCGUUGUGCAGCGCUACAAGAAGGUGGGCGAAUGUGUGGGCUCCAGCAGCUUCAUCACACACAUGGACUGGUCCACAGACAGCAAGUACCUUCAGACUAAUGAUGGCAAUGGUAGACGGCUCUUUUACAGAAUGCCCAGUGGUAAAGAAGUGACUAACAGAGAGGAACUGAAGCUUGUCCAGUGGUCUUCAUGGACUUGUGUCCUCGGGCAGGAGGUGAACGGGAUCUGGCCCAAAUAUUCCGAAAUCAACGACAUCAACUCUGUAGAUGCCAACUUCAAUAGUCAAGUUUUAGUUACCGCUGACGAUUAUGGAUUAGUUAAAUUAUUUCGGUACCCAUGUGUAAGAAAAGGUGCAAAAUGUAAAAAAUAUUUAGGCCAUUCAGCACACAUAACCAAUGUUAGAUGGUCACAUGAUUAUCAGUGGGUGAUUACGAUUGGUGGAGCUGAUCACUCAGUGUUCCAGUGGAAGUUUGUCCCUGAAAGGAAAUCAAAAGAAACUCUUCACAUAGCUCCUCAAGAGUCAUUAGUAGACUCACACAGCGAGGAAUCCGACUCGGAUCAGUCAGAUGUGCCUGAGAUGGACUCUGAAAUUGAACAGGAAACACAGCUUACAUACCGGCGUCAGGUUUACAAAGAAGAUCUACCUCAGCUUAAAGAGCAGUGCAAGGAGAAGCAUCGUGUCAUUGCCAUGAAGAAGAGAGAAAGAGCUCCAGCCAGUGGAAUGAGGUUGCACUUUAUACAUGGUUACAGAGGUUAUGACUGCAGGAGUAACCUCUUCUACACUCAGACGGGUGAGAUUGUGUAUCAUGUGGCAGCCGUGGGUGUGGUAUACAACAGACAGCAGAACACGCAACGCUUUUACCUGGGACAUGAUGACGACAUUCUUUGUCUGGCCAUACACCCUGUCAAAGACUAUGUAGCCACAGGCCAGGUGGGCCGAGAUUCUUCCAUUCAUAUUUGGGAAACAGAGUUUUUAAAGCCGCUGUCUGUUCUUAAAGGAUUUCACCAGUUUGGGGUGUGUGCACUUGACUUCUCAGCAGAUGGGAAGAGGCUGGCUUCAGUGGGUCUGGAUGACAAUCAUACCAUCGUCCUAUGGGAAUGGAGAAAAGGAGAGAAGCUCUCCACCAUUCGGGGAAGUAAGGAUAAAAUAUUUGUCAUUAAAAUCAACCCGUACAUGCCAGACAAACUGAUCACAGCUGGAGUGAAACACAUGAAGUUUUGGCACAGAGCAGGGGGUGGACUGAUUGGAAAGAAGGGCAGCAUGGGAAAAAUGGAGACCAUGAUGUGCGCUGUGUACGGCUGGACGGAAGAAAUGGUGUUCUCAGGAACCUGCACCGGAGAUAUCUGCAUCUGGAGAGAUAUGUUGUUGAUAAAAACCGUCAAAGCUCACGACGGGCCUGUUUUCAGCAUGCACACCCUGGAGAAGGGCUUUGUGACUGGUGGAAAAGAUGGAAUAGUGGCUUUGUGGGAUGACACGUUUGAGAGAUGCCUCAAGACAUAUGCCAUCAAACGAGCUGUAUUGGCCCCAGGCUCCAAAGGUUUGCUUUUAGAGGACAAUCCCUCUAUUCGUGCCAUAUCGUUGGGUCAUGGACACAUUCUUGUUGGAACCAAGAAUGGAGAGAUUCUGGAGGUGGAUAAAAAUGGACCCAUCACACUUCUGGUUCAGGGUCACAUGGAGGGCGAGGUGUGGGGUCUUGCCACUCACCCUCAUCUGCCAUUGUGUGCCACUGUGAGCGAAGAUAAGACCCUGCGCAUAUGGGACCUCUCGCCCAGCCACUGCAUGCUCGCUGUACGCAAACUCAAGAAAGGAGGGCGAUGUUGCUGCUUCUCUCCAGAUGGGAAAGCUCUGGCGGUGGGCCUCAACGAUGGCAGCUUCCUCAUUGUUAACGCAGACACUCUGGAGGACCUGGUGUCAUUUCAUCAUCGCAAAGACAUCAUUUCAGAAAUCCGCUUCUCUCCUGUAACUGGCAAGUAUUUGGCCGUGGCAUCGGGUGACAGCUUUGUAGACAUAUACAACGUGAUGAGCAGCAAGAGAGUCGGUGUUUGCAAAGGCUCAAUGAACUAUAUCACCCAUCUGGACUGGGACAAGAGAGGAAAGCUUUUGCAGGUCAACACCUCAGCGAAGGAGCAGCUAUUUUUUGAGGCCCCUCGUGGAAAGAAGCAAAGCAUUCUUGCCACGGAGGUGGAGAAGAUUGACUGGAGCACAUGGACGUGUGUGCUGGGAAGUUCCUGUGAGGGGAUCUGGCCUGUUGUCAGUGAAGUUACUGAAGUAAUGGCUGCCUGUCUCAGCAAUGAUAAGAAGUUGCUGGCUACUGGGGAUGACCUUGGAUAUGUCAAGCUCUUCAAGUAUCCAGUCAAGGGAAAGUAUGCAAAGUUCAAACGGUACAUGGCCCACAGUACCCAUGUGACUAAUGUGCGCUGGACACACGAUGACUCUCUGCUGGCAUCGGUCGGUGGCUCUGACACCUGCCUGAUGAUCUGGAGUCACGAGAGUGAGGGCUGUCGAGAGGCCAGACAGUGCGACAGCGAGGAGUCAGACAUCGAGAGCGAGGAUGAUGGAGGGUACGACAGUGAUGUAACUCGAGAGAAUGAGAUCACCUAUGUAAUCAAGGCCUUAUCUACAAACAUGCGACCCAUGACUGGGGUCAAACCCCACUUACAACAGAAGGAGCCAUCAGUAGAUGAAAGACCCCCUGUGAGCAGGGCUCCACCAAUGCCAGAGAAACUACAGACCAACAACAUAGGCAAGAAAAAGAGACCCAUUGAGGACUUAGUGCUUGAGUUGGUGUUUGGUUACAGAGGCAACGACUGCCGAAACAAUGUGCAUUACCUUAAUGAGGGGGCGGAUAUCAUCUACCACACUGCCUCAGUAGGGGUCGUCCUAAACUUAACAACAGCAUGUCAGAGUUUCUAUUUAGAACACAGUGAUGACAUUCUGUGCCUGACUAUUAAUCAGCACCCAAAGUUCCCCAACGUGGUGGCAACUGGCCAAGUAGGUGAUGCUGGUGAUAUGUCAGCCACAUCUCCUUCCAUCCACGUGUGGGAAGCCAUGAACAAACAGACUCUGUCUGUGCUGCGCUGCCAUCAUUCUCGGGGCGUCUGCUCCAUCAGCUUCAGUGCCACCGGCAAACUGCUGCUCUCUGUGGGUUUGGACCCCCAGCACACCCUCACUAUAUGGAAGUGGCAGGAAGGUGCCAAAGUAGCAAGUCGGGCCGGGCACACCCAGCGGAUUUUUGUGGCAGAGUUCCGACCCGAUUCGGACACUCAGUUUGUGUCAGUGGGGAUAAAGCAUGUGCGCUUCUGGACGCUGGCUGGCAGGGCUCUGCUCAGUAAGAAAGGAGUGCUCAGCUCUAUUGAGGACGCUCGCAUGCAGACUAUGCUCUCAGUGGCAUUUGGAGCUAAUAACUUGACAUUUACAGGUACCAUUAGUGGAGAUGUGUGUGUGUGGAAGGAACACAUUCUAGUGAGAAUCGUGGCUAAAGCUCACACUGGACCUGUGUUCACCAUGUACACCACAUUACGAGACGGGCUCAUUGUCACAGGAGGCAAAGAACGACCGUCAAAGGAGGGAGGUGCACUGAAACUGUGGGAUCAGGAGUUAAAGCGCUGCAGAGCCUUCAGACUGGAGACGGGUCAGAUCAUAGACUGUGUGCGUUCUGUCUGCAGGGGCAAGGGGAAGAUUCUCGUGGGCACCAGGAAUGCGGAGAUCAUUGAAGUUGGUGAGAAGAAUGCAGCUUGUAACAUCCUGGUGAACGGUCACAUGGAUGGUCCUAUCUGGGGUCUGGGAGCUCACCCGACCCGAGACGUCUUCCUGUCGGCUGCAGAGGACGGCACUGUACGCCUCUGGGACAUUGCAGAGAGGAAGAUGCUGAAUAAGGUGAAUCUUGGUCAUCCUGCACGAACGGUCAGCUACAGCCCAGAGGGUGACAUGGUGGCCAUCGGCAUGAAAAAUGGAGAGUUCAUCAUACUUCUUGUGACCUCGCUGAAAAUAUGGGGGAAGAAGAGAGAUCGGCGCUCUGCAAUUCAAGAUCUCAGGUUCAGUCCUGAUUCGCGCUUUCUGGCUGUGGGUUCCAGUGAAAAUGCUGUUGAUUUUUAUGACCUGACGUUAGGACCACAGCUCAACCGCAUCAACUGCUGCAGAGACAUCCCCAGCUUUGUCAUGCAGAUGGACUUUUCUGCUGACAGCUGCUAUGUGCAGUUGUCCACUGGUGCUUAUAAACGUGUUGUCUAUGAAGUGCCUUCUGGGAAACAAGUCACUGAGCAAGCAAUGAUUGACAGAAUAACCUGGGCCACAUGGACAAGUGUCCUGGGGGACGAGGUGGUGGGAAUCUGGUCCAGGAACACAGAUAAAGCAGAUGUCACCUGCGCUUGUGUCUCUCACUCCGGCAUCAACAUUGUCACAGGUGAUGACUUUGGAAUGGUAAAGCUGUUCGACUUUCCGUGCCCAGAGAAAUUUGCCAAACACAAGCGUUUUCUGGGCCACUCUGCCCACCUGACCAACAUCCGCUUCACCAGUGGGGAUCACUUUGUCGUCAGUGCCGGAGGAGAUGAUAGAAGCCUAUUUGUGUGGCGAUGUGUCCAUGCUCCUCAUUGAGGUCAAGCAGUCUUCUCUUCAUGAGCCCAGCUGACUGCAUGAGUGAAUCAUGGAGUGAGGAACUUCAGAUAGUGGUCUUCAUGGUGGUCCUCAAAGAUCUAAUUUAUGAUCAAGUGCUAGAAUCCUAGGCUUUGUUCAGACUGACAACAAAAUAAUAUACAUACAUACACACACACACACACACAUAUAUAUAUAUAUAUAUAUGUGUGUGUAUAUAUCUCUCUCUCGAACUGGCAUCUCCAGCCUCCCCUUAUCUCUCUCCCACUGAUUAGUCAACUCAACACCAGGCGUGCAUCAUCACGGCCCGGCCACGCCCCCCUCCUCGUCACACUCCUCCACCACCAGAUUCAAGCAAGAGAGACCUCCAGCCUCACUUACUACCCACCCCCCCCUUCCCGGAGGGGAGGUGUUGCACUUUUGGCCGUCUUUCCUCCGACCGGCCUUCCCCGCCUCCUGCGAAACUGAGAGAGAUGAGGGGAAGGAGAGGGGAGAGAGAAAGAGUGAGCGGGAGAGACAGGAGGAGAGAGAGAGAGGAGAGAGAGAGAGAGAAAAAGUGGCUCGCCGGUCCCUAGACACGUUGUCGCCUGGUGAAGGCACUGGACCUCGCCUCCUGGCAGACAGCAGCAGGCUCCUCCGCCUCCCAGCAGACGUCAGCAGCUCCUCCACCUCCUGGCAGAUGGCAGCGAGCUCUCCCGCCCCUUGUCGGAUGGCAGCGGCUCUUCCGUCUCCUGGCGGACGGCAGCGAGCUCCUCCGCCUUCUGGCGAACCACUCCAGUACCACCACACCAUAUCUCCUUGGCGUCGUGACCCUCCAACAGCGGCAAGGGCUCUCCAACAGCGCAUCCCUCCUCCUUCCUGGGUUUUGGCACCAAUGUAACAAGGUUCAUGAGAUGGGCAAGGAGUAGGCGGGAACCAGCUGAACAGUCAAUGUAAAACUUUAAAAACAAACCGAACUCAAACAUAAGAUAAACUGCAAAACAAACAAAGAUGCACACACACAGCUUCGUGCGUCUCUCUCUCUCAAACUGGCAUCUCCGUCCCCCCUUAUCUCUCUCCCGCUGAUUAGUAUACUCAGUGCCAGGCAUGCGUCAUCACGGCCCGGCCACGCCCCCCUCCUCAUCACAACAUAUAUAUAUAUAUAUAUAUAUAUAUAUAUAUAUAUAUAUAUAUACACACCAAUCAUCCACAAUAUUAAAACCACCUGCCUAAUAUUGUGUAGGUCCCCUCGUGCCCCUAAAACAGCGCCAACCCGCAUCUCAGAAUAGCAUUCAGAGAUGAUAUUCUUCUCACAAUUGUACAGAGCGGUUAUCCGAGUUACUGUAGACUUUGUCAGUUCGAACCAGUCUAGCCAUUCUCUGUUGACCUCUCUCAUCAAUAAGGCAUUUUCAUCCACAGAACUGCCGCUCACUGGAUAUUUUUUGUUUUUGGCACCAUUCCCUUUACACUCUAGAGACUGUUGUGCGUGAAAAUCCCAGGAGAUCAGCAGUUACAGAAAUACUCAAACCAGCCCGUCUGACACCAACAAUCAUGCCACGCUCCAAAUCACUGAGACAGGCCAGACACCAACAUAACAUCAUACAAAGUUCACACUAUAGUCCAGGGUUAUUUCUGAAUACACUUAUUUUUGCUCAUUCUUUGCUUUUAGAGUGCAUUAUGUGACAUUCAUACUGACAUUCAAGUAUGAAUGUACAAAAUGCCUCUGUCACUGAACUCUUAUGCACCUCCUGAGUUCAGCACUGUAAUUCAAUGUCAUGAUUGAUAUGAACGGUGGCUAAAUUUCCAUAUUUUCCAUCCUCUCUUUCCACACUGACAGCUACUCUCGUGCUUAGAUCAUACCUUUAGCACCCAAUGUAGAUACUCCAUAUAUUGAUUACACUGUCUGAAAAAAAUUGAUCAGAUUUCUUCACUUGCGAAAUGACAGUGAGGACAGUCUUGAAAAUCAGAUUUUAAAAAACAGUUACAUUUUUCAAUAAGGUUCCAUUCAUUAACAUUAGUUAAUGCAUUAGGUAACAUGAACAAACAAUGAACAUUAUAUGUUUUUUACAGCAUUUAUUAAUCUUAGUUUAUAAAAAUACAGUUGUUCAUUUUUAAUUCAUGUUAGUUCAUAGUGCAUUAACUAAUGUUAACAGAUACAAUUUUAAUUUUAAAAAAUGUAUUAGUAUAUGUUGAAAUUAACAUUAAGAUGAAUAAAUGCUGUAAAAGUAUUUUCAUUGUUAGUUCAUGUUAACUACUGUUGUUAACUAAUGUUAACUAAUAGAACCUUUAGUGUAAAGUGUUACCAAAAAAACAAAUCAGAUUUGUGUGGAGUGUGAACAAAGCCUUAAUGUACUUCAAGCCCUGUCAUUACCCAUACCUGAACUGAACUGUUUUGAGUGACAGCUGGGUUGAAGUUUUGCAAGACCCAACUUGCAAACGUCCUUGUCAUAUGUGUAUGUGUUUACUCCCUAAUUUUAAAAAAAAAUACAAGUUACAAGUUCCAGUAUUUUGUUUUGGAAUCUGCCUGGAUCAUCGUUUCUAAGAUUUUCCUCCUAAUUAAAAAAACUUGUAGCAAGCUAAAUAGGAUUAGCCUUAAACUACCCGUUGAAUGUUGUUUGUUAAUUUAGGUGUGACGUUUUUGUUGGAGAUUCCCGUUUUGAAUGAUAACCUGAUUUUUGUUGUAUUUGUUUAUCUGCUGGUUUGGUUUGUUGGUUCUUUUUAAAGAUUCAUAGAUCUCCUGUGGCCUUCUCCCCGAAUGUAACACUUGUGUUAUACUCUCAGAUGUCAGCAUGCCAAAGCAUUCUAUGCACUGUAUACUUGACCUGCUCACUGUGGUAGUCCAGUGGUCUUUUAAUGUUGAAUCUUGAACGUGGUAUUCACUCAUCAAACCUCAGUCCCCCUAAACCGUAGAUGACCAUAGACUCCUAACCUCAUAUGUAACUUUAGCUCGAUUAGUAAAUUUGAGAUGUGUCUCUUUGUGUGUUUGUGUGUUGAGUAGGUAUGAAUCAUAUGCUACAUUGUUCAUGUCUGAGAUCAAGUUUAAAAGAAAAAAUAGUAAUGCAAUCCCUCAGAAAAUGAAUGAAAAGAGUUUGUUCCUAUGCUGUUUUACCUUGAAUAACUGUUCAUCUUGCUGCUGAAGCCUUUAUGACAUUACAUUUCAUUCUGAUUUGGAAUCAAAGUUUUUUUAUUUCUUUUUUUUUGGGGGGGGGGAUUUUAAUUUUACAACUGGAUUAUCGAGGCUCAGAGUGAACUGAAGAUAUGAAAUGCAACAUUUUCUCUCCUUCAGUGUGUCAUUCUGAUUGAAAGAGAUGUGUUUAAUGCAUAUGUUGAUUUUCUUAUCAAUGUAAACAUCAUUUGUAAAGACAUUCUUUUGUAUAUUUUUGUGAAAUAUUUCUUAAAAGCCAACUUUAAUAAAAAAAUGUACAUAUA